AUGGCGACCAAGUCAGUCGGGAAAGGGGCCGCGGUGGCCACGCUAGCAAUCGUGUGUCUCGUGUUCUUCAUCGACAUUGCCAACCUGGGCAUGGCCAACAUCGCCUUGCCGACCAUUCAGAAAGAUCUCGGCUAUGACGAAGGCUCAUUGCAAUGGAUACUGACCGCUUAUGCUCUUACUUUUGGUGGGUUUUUAAUGGUCGGUGGCCGAGUUGGCGACAUCUUUGGUCAGAGGGUCACCUUGGUGGCAGGAAUGACUCUCUUUAAUGGCAGCACGCUCCUUUGUGCUCUUGUCAACGACAAAGUUGCUCUCGUUGUAGGAAGAGCGAUUCAAGGUAUCGCUGCCGCUUUCACCAUUCCGGCGGCACAGUCCAUGGUUGCUCUGUCCUUUGAGGAUCCAAAGUCUCGCGUUCGCGCAUUUGGCGUUUGGGGUGCUUCUGGGUCCAGCGGCUUUGUCUUCGGACCGAUUUUCGGCGGCCUCUUCACCUCGUUGGUAACAUGGAGAUGGAUUUUUUGGCUGUCUCUCAUUAUCGAAGGCGCCCUUGAAAUUGUUGCGCUUGUUUUUCUCUUCACAGACAAUCUCCCUGGCGCCCCUGCGAGCCCCGCCAAAGACGACAAUGGCCGAAUAAUUUGGUCAGAUCUUACUACUCGUUUGGACCCUGCUGGCACAUGCCUGUCUAUUGUUGCCUUGAUCUUGCUUGUCUAUGGUCUCACUACUGGCAAUGUGCACGGCUGGGACAAAGCAGAUGUAAUUGCGACUCUUGUCGUGUCUGUGGUCUUGCUUGCUGCUUUCGCUUUUGUGCAGCUUAGGUUCUCCGCGGAUCCUAUUUUACCUCGCUACUUGUGGAACGAUCGCAUUAAAAUGCUUGGCUGCCUUAUGGCUGCGCUGACAUAUGCAAUCUGGCAGGGAAGCAAUUACUUGCUGACCCUGGAGCUUCAAAGCUUCGGCUUCUCUCCCUUAUCUACCGCGCUUCGAUUCCUUCCCCUGGGAAUCACAGCCAUGUGUGUCAAUUUUGUCAUUCCUGUCGCAAUCCAGCACGUGCAAGCCCGCACCCUACUUCUCAUCAGCUGGCCGGUAUGCGCUGGUGGACUUGCGCUCCUGGCGGCGAUGGCUGACAAGGGAGACUACUGGCGACUGUGUCUGCCAGGUGAGGUUCUUUACAUUGCUGGUGUUGGUACAAUAUAUUUUGUCGGCAAUAUCAAGGUUGUUGCCACUGCAAAAGCAGAGCAACAGGGCACUGUCUCUGGGGUCUAUAAUAUGUUUUUGAACAUUGGCGGCGCCGUUCUUGGAGUUGCUGUACUGACUGUGAUCUCUGACUCGGUUACUUCUAACCAGGGUGGUAAGGGUAGUGAAAGCGCUCGCCUAGAUGGAUAUCGUGCUGGUUACUAUGGCACAAUUGCCAUGGCCGUCAUUGGUUUUGUUGCCUCCUUUUUCUUCUAUGACGAACCGGUUCCGGGUGAGAAAAUAGAAGGGCCUGUAACUCAGGAGAGUGCAGACCCCUCUAUCAAAGAGAAUAGGGAGGAAACACCAGAGUAUCUGGAUGAGGAAACCAAGGCAGAUCGGCUGUAG